CACAAAUUACGAGCAGUUCAAUUUAACAACAAAAUUUUCAAACCCUCCCUAUAUCCAACUUAGGUCUUGAGCGCUUCAAACUCUCCCUAUAUCUAUUUCGUCUGUGUUCACUGUAAGCUCUCUUUAAAUUUUUUUACAUUUAUUUUCUAUUGAAGUAUUGAAAUCGCUCUCUCCAUUGUUUGGAGAGGACGCACGAAAUGGGGCAUAGACGUAGUAUCACCACAAGGGCGAAACUUCUCUAUCAGCAACGAUUCAGUCCAUCGUUUGCUUACAUUCACCACGGCGAUGAUCGGAAACAUAACUCUGUGUCCGAAGAUCAGAAAUUUCCCAGUAUCAUUCAACAUCGAUCAUUUGGAAACAGCAUUUACACUUCGUCCGGUUUAGGCGCUCUAUUUCAAGCUAAAAAUUGUUCUCAAUUGUUCGUUCCGAUGAAUAGCGGAAUGCUUUUGAGUAGGAAUAUGUCGACCACGGUUGGUGAAGGAGCGGACAAGAUUGAUUACAUGACUGAUGUUGCGGAAGUGCUUGCGGAUAGAACUAUUGAAGCUGUGGCUUCUCAAGCUCCGGCCGUUAGCGAAGUGGCCAUUGCGGCUGCGGAUUCGUAUUUUCCGGUUGCGGCCUUGCACUACGUGAUUGAUUAUCUCCAUACUUUUACCGGUUUUAAUUGGUGGGCAUCCAUAGUUGUCACAACUCUUUUGAUUAGAGGGCUAUCAGUUCCACUUAUGAUAAGCCAGCUCAAAGCUACUUCAAAAUUGACUCUUAUGAGGCCACACUUGGAGGAAAUAAAGGAAGAGAUGCAGGAUAGGGGCAUGAGUCCUACGGCUGUGGCUGAAGGUCAGCAGCGAAUGAAGCAGCUAUUCAGGGAAUACGGUGUUACACCAUGGACUCCAUUGAAGGGACUUUUAUUCCAAGGUCCUGUCUUUGUCAGUUUUUUCCUCGCUAUUUCAAACAUGGUGGAAAAAGUUCCAUCAUUUAAAGAGGGUGGAGCAUUCUGGUUUACUGAUCUGACUACGCCAGAUAGUUUGUACAUCUUUCCAGCUUUGACAGCGUUGACAUUCUGGAUAACAGUGGAAGCUGGGAGACUUAGGUGGGAUGCAUGGCCAGCCCAUCGGUGUGGACUGGCAUGCUUAUACAUUUUGUUUGUUUGGCUGCAACUUGUGUCACAUAAUAACACUGCUUCUUGCUAUCUUUGGGACUCGCCAAAAGAUGUUCUGCUACCUCUUGAUGUGGACAGAGUGAGAAGCCCUUCAUCUCCAGCCAUUGGUCCAAGCACUUUUGUACGUCGCGCCACUGAUUUCAUGGUGCGGAGCCGUGUUAUAGAAGAGUUUGGAUAA